UUCGGGGGGGCUCACUUGCCACAAAAGGCUCCAUUCUGGGGAGAAACCCUAUGAAUGCUUGGAGUGUGGAAAAACCUUUAGCAACACCUCUUCUCUAAGCAUACAUAAUAGGAUGCAUAAAGGGGAAAAAUCUUAUAAAUGCCUGCACUGUGAAAAGAGCUUCAAUCAAAAUUGUCAUCUUAAGUCACACGAGAGGAUCCACACGGGAGAAAAACCAUUUCAAUGCAUGGAGUGUGGAAAGACCUUCCGUCGCUCUGAAUCCCUUACUGACCAUCACAGAAUCCACACAGGGGAGAAGCCCUUUCAAUGCCUACAGUGUGGAAAGAGCUUCAGUCAAAAAGGUCAUCUUAAGUCACACGAGAGGAUCCACACGGGAGAAAAAGCAUUUCAAUGCAUGGAGUGUGGAAAGAGCUUCCGUCGCUCUACAAACCUGACUGCCCAUCACAGAAUCCACACAGGGGAGAAGCUCUUUCAAUGCCUAGAGUGUGGAAAGAGCUUCAGUCAAAAAGGUCAUCUUAAGUCACACGAGAGGAUCCACACGGGAGAAAAACCAUUUCAAUGCAUGGAGUGUGGAAAGAGCUUCCGUCGCUCUACAAACCUGACUGCCCAUCACAGAAUCCACACAGGGGAGAAGCCCUUUCAAUGCCUACAGUGUGGAAAGUGCUUUGCCAGUUCUGGUGGCUUUCAUGCCCACAAACAGACCCACACAGGGGAGAAACCCUUUCAAUGCCUGGAGUGCAGAAAGAGCUUCAGUCAAAAAUGUCAUCUAAAGUCACACGAGCGGAUCCACACGGGAGAAAAACCCUUUCAAUGCACGGAGUGUGGGAAGAGCUUCAAUGCAAAAAGUAGCUAUAUCGUACAUUGCAGAAUCCACACGGGGGAGAAACUCUUUCAAUGACUGCAGUGUGGAAAGCGCUUUGUCCGUUCUUAUAGCUUUU